AUGAAACGAGUACGUACAGAGCAGAUUCAGAUGGCAGUGUCCUGCUACCUCAAACGCCGACAAUACGUGGAUUCAGAAGGUCCCCUAAAACAAGGAUUGCGACUGUCACAGACUGCUGAAGAGAUGGCAGCUAAUCUCACAGUCCAAUCAGAAUCUGGUUGUGCCAACAUUGUGUCUGCAGCCCCUUGCCAGGCAGAACCCCAACAAUAUGAAGUACAGUUUGGACGACUACGGAAUUUUCUCACUGAUUCUGAUUCCCAGCACAGCCACGAAGUGAUGCCUCUCCUCUAUCCUCUCUUUGUCUACCUCCAUCUCAGCCUGGUCCAGAACAGUCCGAAGAGCACAGUGGAAAGUUUUUAUAGCCGCUUCCAUGGAAUGUUUUUACAGAACGCUAGCCAGAAGGAUGUCAUUGAGCAGCUACAGACCACUCAAACCAUCCAGGACAUCCUGUCUAACUUCACGCUUCGUGCAUUCCUAGAUAACAAGUAUGUGAUCCGUCUCCAAGAAGACAGCUACAACUACCUUAUCCGCUACCUCCAAAGUGACAACAAUACUGCCCUGUGCAAAAUCCUCUCCUUGCAUAUUCAUCUUGAUGUGCAGCCCACCAAGAGAACAGACUACCAACUCUAUGCCAGUGGCAGCUCCUCACGUAGUGAGAGCAGCGGCUUAGAGCCCACUGACAUGCCCACCCCUAUUCUGCAGAAUGAGGCUGCCCUGGAGAUCUUACAGGAGAGCAUUAAGCGAGUCAAGGAUGGGCCUCCUUCACUUACCACCAUCUGUUUCUAUGCCUUCUAUAAUACAGAGCAGCUGCUGAACACUGCAGAAAUUUCCCCAGAUAGUAAGCUGCUUGCUGCUGGGUUUGACAACUCCUGUGUAAAACUUUGGAGUUUACGAUCCAAGAAAUUAAAGUCCGAGCCUCACCAAGUAGACGUGUCCCGCAUCCACUUGGCUUGUGAUAUUCUCGAGGAAGAGGAUGAUGAGGAUGAUGGCACAGGCACAGAAAUGAAGAUACUGCGAGGACAUUGUGGGCCUGUAUACAGAACAAAAUUCCUGUCAGACAGCUCAGGGUUACUCUCUUGUUCUGAAGACAUGUCCAUUAGAUAUUGGGACCUUGGAAGUUUCACCAACACUGUGUUGUACCAAGGACAUGCCUACCCUGUAUGGGACUUGGACAUUAGCCCCUAUAGUCUGUACUUUGCCAGUGGCUCCCACGACCGCACUGCAAGGCUGUGGUCAUUUGACCGGACUUACCCACUGAGAAUAUAUGCAGGGCACCUGGCAGAUGUGGAUUGUGUCAGAUUCCACCCUAAUUCUAACUACUUAGCCACUGGUUCAACUGACAAGACCGUUCGGCUGUGGAGUGCUCAACAGGGGAACUCUGUGAGGCUCUUCACAGGCCACCGAGGUCCUGUGCUUUCUCUUGCAUUUUCUCCCAACGGUAAGUACUUGGCAUCUGCUGGCGAGGACCAGAGGUUGAAGCUCUGGGACUUGGCAUCUGGAACCCUUUAUAAAGAGUUGAGAGGCCACACGGACAACAUCACUAGCCUUACAUUCAGCCCGGACAGCAGCUUGAUUGCCUCUGCCUCCAUGGACAACUCUGUUCGUGUUUGGGACAUCAGGAACACUUACUGCAGUGCUCCUGCUGAUGGCUCCUCCAGUGAACUUGUGGGUGUAUACACCGGGCAGAUGAGUAAUGUGCUGAGUGUACAGUUUAUGGCCUGUAACCUUCUUUUAGUGACGGGGAUUACACAAGAAAAUCAGGAACAUUAA